AUGUCCUCUGAAGCCAUUGCACACACUGCUGGUAUUGGGUGUAUCAAUGAUGACCGAACUUGGACUUUGAAUGAUAUUGGAGGUAUAUUCCAGGUCUUUGGUGAUACUGCACAACUCAUGGGUCCUAUCAUCCUUGGGAGCGUUCCGCUGCAAUCAGUUGGAGGAACACCUGGCCCUAAUGUCGGUCGUGGGAUUGUCAUGGCCUUUGGGCUCUUUGGGCUCACUGUGAUGACCAGCAUCUGCACCCACCAGGUUUGGGUCCUGGCCAGAGCCGCGCUGAUAACAUGUAUUUACGGGUGUGGAGUGAACCUGACGGGCAAAGUGCACGUUAAAAUCAACAACACCAUGCUCACUGAUCAACGAGUCAAAGUUCUGCUAGAGGUACUCGGAGCUAUAUGGAUUGUCAAAUACUUCACAUACAAAGUUCCUUUCCUUCCAAGCAAGCACGAUGAAUCUUCUACCUUCGAAAAAAAGGAACUGCAUGGUAUUCAAAGGAUUCUUCAUGUAACUUCAGGGAACUUGGCCCUCGCAGCCUUGAUGCCAGUCCUCGCUGCCACACUAGCUUUUGUCACAUACACCCUGACAGCACACAACCUCAACAUUGCUGUCAUAUUCUGUUUGUUCAGUUUAUUCCAGGUGAAAUUGUUUGUUGCGCGGCUCACACACGUGUUCCGCAUGGAACUUAUUUCCGAAGAUACACUCGUGAUUGACAAGGACCAAGAACCCGUGCUUCUGACCAAGGAUGUGACAUUUGAGUGGGAGUUGUAUGCAAAAGAUUCUGGUGAGGCUUUCAGCUCGAAGGGUGCAUGCGGCGGUGGUCCACCGAGGGGCAAGGACAGAGGUGUGAAGGAGGACAUGGCAAAGGAAAAGGAAAAGCCUGCUCCUGGAAAGGAUACACCUAUUUUUCAGUGUGAUAAUAUCAAUUUUGGCCAACCAUUCAAGAAGGAUAGAUAUUGGUGCAUUAUUGAAACUGCUUGUCUACUUCCAAACCUCCAACUGCUCCCAGAUGGGGAUUUUACUGAGAUUGGAGAAAAGGGAAUCAACCUCAGCGGAGGCCAAAAGCAGAGAGUCAACAUUGCUCGUGCUUUAUAUUUUGAACCUGAAAUUGUUAUAUUUGAUGACCCGCUCUCGGCAAUUGAUGCUAAUGUUGGAAAGUCCUUAUUCCAAGAUGCUAUCGUGGAUUACAUCUAUACCCUGAACAAUGGCAUUAUCACGGAGAGUGGGACUUAUGAGGAUCUUGUCUCUCGUGGUGGUGAUUUUGCACGUUUUGACCUAGAGUUCGGUGGCCAUGCCUUGGAGGGGGAAGAUGAAACCCAGGAAGAGGAUAUCAUUCCGCAGACACGCAUUACCAUCGAGGAUGUGAAGUUGAAGUCAAAAAGAGCCAAGAAGCAGGCUACUGGCAAUGGUAAACUUGAAGGUCGCUUGAUCGUCAAAGAGAAGCGGUCGACAGGCUCCGCAUGGAAAGUGUACUGGACCUACCUUGUUGCAGGCCACGGUUCAAUAACAGGUCCCUUACUUCUUCUUCUUCUCAUCAUGCUUGCGAUGCAGAGGUGCCUGAUCUUGAACUCGUACACACUAGUUUGGUGGGAGACCAACAAAUUCAACCGACCAAACUUGUUCUAUCAGACGCUGUACGGCUGCCUAGGGGCUGGUCAAGCAAUCUUCACAUUCUUGCUAAUGGAUUUCAUGUCCUAUUAUGUGUCUCAAAGCCUGCACCACAAGUCUGUACGCAACGUUGUUCAUGCAUCCAUGUCCUUUUUCGACACUACACCUAUGGGCCGAAUCCUGAGUAUUUUUGGAAAAGAUAUCAACAUUAUCAUUAUGCUGUCCAGCGUGAUGGGUUCUAUCAUCAUCAUUUCUGUCCUUGAACUGUACUUUGUUAUUGCUAUGUUUUUCAUCAUUCUCAGUUACAGCUACUUUACUGCCUUUUAUCGAGCUGGUGCUCGCAAAGUCAAACAUCUGGGUUUAUACUACAUUGAUUUGGAAGAUAGAGCACUAUUCCUCGUGGUUACGAACCAGAGGUGGCUUGCAAUAAGGUUGGACUUCAUGGGAGCCAUAUUAGUCUUCAUUGUAGGCAUAGGGUUGGUACUGUCAUAUACUACCUCGCUGUCACAAAUGUGUGGUCUGUUGACCAGACAAACAGCAGACGUCGAGAAUCACAUGAAUGCAGUGGAGCGAGUGGCACAGUACGUCGCAGGCGACAUGAUACCUCAAGAGGCUCCGUAUGAACUCGAAGAACAAAAGCCCCUGGUGCAAUGGCCUGAACAUGGCGCCAUCGAAUUCAGCCACAUUAAAAUGGCAUAUAGGCCGGGCCUUCCCAACAUAUUGAGAGGUAUCUCCAUCAAGAUUAGGGGAGGCAAAAAGAUAGGCAUUGUUGGAAGGACUGGUGCUGGCAAAUCUUCAUUGAUGCUUGCAUUGUUUCGGAUUGUUGAGAUGUCUGGUGGUUCAAUCACUAUUGAUGGUAUCGAUAUAUCUACAAUUGGUCUUCAAGAUCUCUGCUCCAAGAUUUCUAUCAUCCCACAAGAUCCCAUUCUAUUUAGCGGGACCAUAUGCUCCAAGCUAGAUCCAUUCUCACAACACAGUGACAUGGAGCUAUGGGAUGCACUGCGUCAAUCUUGUCUACUUGAUUUCAGCACCACUUCGAAACAGUCAUUUUCCAGUGAUGGCAUCAGAAGUGAGCAAGCUCCCACCAGCCGCCACCACCUUGACAGUACCAUUGAGAGUGAGGGAGCAAACCUCAGUGUUGGGGAGAGAUCUCUGCUCAGUCUAGCUCGUGCGCUUGUGAAAGACUGCAAAGUCAUUGUGCUUGAUGAGGCCACAGCCUCUGUCGAUCUCAAUACUGACAGUAAAAUCCAGCACACUAUCCAAACGGAAUUCCAGGAUCGGACGCUACUUUGUAUUGCCCACCAACUUUGUACUAUCAUUUCAUAUGACCAGAUUCUGGUCCUUGACGCUGGCCUUGUUGCUGAAUUUGAUACUCCAUCCAGUCUUUUCAAAACAGAGGAUGUUCUUGUAACACUUUUCCGCCAAAUGUGCGAGAGGAGCAACAUCUCAUUGAAAGAUAUACUAGAGUCGAGUAGACAGGUUUAAAUGGCCAAAUCUGUCGUUGAUUUCUUUUCAUGUUGGUAAGGCCUGCACCUGCUAUGCCGUGCUUAUUUCUUGUAGCAAUCUUGAAGCUGAU